AAGAAAAAAAACAAAAAGAAAAGAAAUAGAAACGGGAAUGAAAAUCAGAAUUUUCUUUGCCCUCUAGCUUUAAUCGAGUUUGGACUUCGGAGCUUUAACGGAACCGAGAGACAAGGGGGAGAUUUACGAGAGAAAUGGAUAAUAAAUUGGCUCAAGAGCUCUAUUCAGAAAGUUUGCAGCUAUCUAAUUUACACUUAGGCCAUUCUUCAACUGCCAAUGGGUUCAAUGAAGCUGACAUUCAGGCUGAAGAUGGGUCUUUAUGGGGUGACUCUGAUGAUGAAUUGGAUAAAGCAUCUGAUUUAGACCGGGAAUGGCAGAGGAGGCAUGAUCAAUUCCACACGAUUGGAUAUCGUGAUGGCCUGAUAGCAGGGAAAGAGGCUUCUGCCCAACAAGGUUUUAAUAUUGGCUUUAAGCAAUCAGUUUCCAUAGGGUACAACUGGGGUCUUGCUAGAGGUGUUACCAGCACACUGGCUUGUCUUCCGGAUGAGUUGAGGGAGAGGUUGAUUGAAACACAAGAAAAGAGAGAUAAAUUUCGGGAGUUAUAUGAAUCUAUGAAUUCGCUUUCUACUACAGAUGCACUUAAGUUGUUUCAUGAUGAUAUUUUGACAAAGGAAGCUAUGGAACAGAGGGAGCCUGCUGAGGCUAGUGUAGGUGCUUCACAAGAACAAAGCUCAAAUUCUUGUAGUUUGGGAGCUUAUACUGCAGAGCUUCAAUCACUUCUUCUUGACUCACCUGAAAUCAAUGUACAUUUCUUCCAUCAAGAAGUUUCAACUCCUGAUGUUUGUUGAGAAGCGUUUAAACUUUAUUAUUUGUACAUGAACAUACAUGUGAGGUUGACAGUGUAUGCCACAUGCCGUUAUCUAUGCAUUUUAUGUGGGCAUGUGACACGUGUUAACAUAUAUGGUGCUUGAUAAUUUGUAUAUAGCAUUUUUUAUAUCCUUGUUGCUUAUUAAUGUUUGAGUACUCCUUAAAGAUUGAAUAUCCAUGUUCCUACUCCUGUAUGACAGUACAUUCUAGUAAUAGUUAAAUUCUUGUAUGGCAAUUGUAGCUCAACAUGAUUAGAAACAAUACAUGAAAAACAUUUGAUGAUAUUUGAUGUAUUGCUGGUGAUAAUAAUAGUAGUAAUUAUUUAAAAUAUAAACUUAGUGUCAUGAUUAUCAGUACAUAAUAUUAAACAAAAUAGACCUCCAAAUGAUAGAUAUGAUACAUUUGAAAACACUUCACAAACUCCUUACUCGCACUUCACCCUUAUAAUUUAGGAGAAACUGCCACCUUGCAGAGAUCAACCCGCUACAUUGUAAGUUGCUAUAUCUACGGUUCCUCCCAACUGUUGAAAACUAGUUCGUUGCUCUAUUGAAACUGUAGUUUAAAAUUUUUGGCCUUCUCUUGCUAUGGUGAUGAUGCUUGCUACUCCUUAGACUGAUUGCAGUUAUAAUUUGCCAAAAGCUAUUUCCUUCUGAUAUCCU